UGCGCAAAAGCACUUAUACAUAUCCAUUUGUGAUGUACAUUCUUAUAUAAAUAUAAUUAAGAGAAAUGACAUUAAUCGCAAAAUACUGAUAUAAUAAUACAACAUUGAGAAAAUGAGGUUAUAAGAAACUAACGGAAUUGUGUAUGUAUAUGUAUGUAAAUAGGUAAAGUUGGAGCUAGCGGAAACCGCAUUAUAAGUAGCGAUGGCUAAGAGGAAAGGAAUGGAGAACGUUGAAAAUAGCUUAGUAUUUCGUGAGAGGAAUUAACAGCACAAUAUAGGAAGACCUGAGCAGAAGGCCAAAUGAAAGAAGAGCAAGCAAAUAUCAGAGUAAAGUUGUGUGAGAUAAUUUGAAACAAAUUUAGACUGAAGGACAGUUCUUUAUCCAAUCAAGACAAAAACAGUGUACAUAGUGACAGUUUCCUCUCUUUCCUUAAUGAAGUAUAUCCUAUUUUUGGUUCCUACUUAUGCGUGACGACUUGAAGACAACUUUAGGAAGAGCACAUUUAGAAAAUAAGUUGUUAUUAUCACAUCAUGGACGUUCGCUCGCCCAUGGACAACUUGCUGAACAUGCUGUCCGGCUUCAGCGCGGGGCACGAGAAAGCCUUGAAGCAAGGGAUCUACAAUGCUGUCGCACUCUUCUUUCUGUGUCUGGUUUCAGCAGCCGGCUACGGCCUCUAUAUCAUACUGAGUCCCUUUGUCAAGCCACUGGUGUGGGCUUUGCUAUGCGGCGCCGUCCUAUUCCCAUUUAAGUGUUCACUAGCCACGACAGUACAGUCCUGGUUUGCCAAUGUUGAAGCAUCGCAGUCUCCCCUAGUCGUUAAUAUCAGCCUGCUGCCAAUACACAUAUUCGACAAUGUCUCGGAGAAACUGGGCUCCUUUCUCUGGACACGUAUCAAGUACAUCAUCGGAGCAUCGCUAUUGGUGUUGGCCAUUGUAGGCGUCUAUCAUUACACACCCGGUAUAAUGACGCUCCUCGCCUGGAAGCUGUUUCAAGUCUUCAGUGCCAUCUCUGGAUUCUUCAUUCUGACCUGCAACAUCUUCACCGUGUCCACAAUUCUGAUCGGGUACUUGAUAGUACUAUACAUUUACUGGACACCAGACAACUCUGCUCGCUUCCGUUACAUGUCCUUCGUGAUGUGGUUCAUUAUUAGCAUGUACCUCUCGAACAUGGCGGGGGCUUAUCGAGUCCUAGUUUUCAUCGUUCUGCAGAUCUUUUGCGUGAUCGGAUUUAUAUACGAAGUGAUACUGAUUAUGGAGAACCAAGAGCUGAAUGGUAGACACUUGACCUUCUCCGAGGCCACACGUUUCGCGUUAAUGAACGACUUGCUGCCGAGCCUGCAGGAAGACAGAGGUUUGUCAGAGAAAGAUAAGCAAACGAGCGAUCAGAUGCCAGAAGAAGGAGUAAAUGAUACGGAUCAGUCAGUUUGUAUCAAAGAAGAAGAAGAAGAAGCGAAAAAGUCAACGUUCGAAACCAAAAACCUAUCCAACACACCAAAACUCAGCGAGAAGUCAAUGUCCCUUGAUUCCGACGUCGGUCUUUCCUCCAAGGCGGACAUGCUCACGCGUAACGUGCAUUCGAUGAGUCGCGUGUCGCUGCGCGACCGUUACCUGCUCAGCAAGUUAAAGGCCGACUUACGGAUGUCUCUAGACAUGCAGGAUGAUAAAGUUGAUACUGACAAAUACAUGUACGGCGCGCUGUACGCGUGCGGCGGUAUGCUCCUCUGGAAGCAUAGGUGGAUCACCCAUAUCCUGAUAAUCCCGCUGGUGUAUUACGUCGCGAAGCAAUUGGGCGGUUAUUUUGGCUUCUGGGAGACAAUACGCAAACAGGUCGACUUGGUAGCGCAAGCGAGCAAGACGUGGUGCCGGGAGCGGCAUCAGGCGCUCCUACCGUCCAACAUCAGGGGUCUUUACAGAGUGAGCAUCAUCGUGGACGAGAAGCUGAGGAACGCUUUGAAAGGCUCCGUCGACGCGGUGGCGACCACCGCCGUGAUACUCGGACUGAUCGUCUUCACCACCUGCGCAUCCAUCUUCAUAACGAUCCAGGUCUACGCGGAAGGCUUGCACCUGGUUCAGGUAACGGGCGAGAUACUGAACUCGUCUUUGGUGAACAACCCUGACAUCGACUGGGUGCCCGAACAGUGGGAGGAAUCCGUCAAUAGCGUUUUAGACAACGCUUACACGUACGGGCGAAGCGCUAUAUCGGACGGAAUUCGGGGCCUCGUGAAGGACCUGGAUCCGUUGAAGGCGGAGCAGAUGGAGAAGAAGGUUUUGGAGCUCUGGGACCGUCUGUACCAGGCGUGGAUGAUGUCGAAUGACGAUACAAAUCUCGUGGGUCCCACCGUGAACAUGAUGUCCGCGUACUCUGCAUGGGAGAGCCUGAAGGAAAGCUUCGGGAAGACACCGCUCCAUUUGUUCAACAUGACCAGCAUACAGAACUUCGCUAGAGAGAACAUUGGCAUUUUGAUGUCGGUGCUCGACUCGAUCUGGAGUAUCGUUAAGGGCAAUAUGUCCGUCAUACUAACGAUCUUCACAGAGCUGUUCUACAUCGUGCUCAUGAGCGGAUCGGCAGUACUCAAUUUCGUGCUCAGUACGGUUGUGUUCUUUACGACUCUAUUUUACUUGCUCAGCUCCAGCAGUAAAACCUACAAACCCAUCGAACUGACGACAAUGUUCAGUCCCAGUUGCCACAGCAUGCCGCAUUUAGAAAGCACAAUUGCCAUGGCGCUGCAGGAAGCGGUGAUCGGCGUGUUCGCGGCGACAUUCAAGCUCGCUUCCUUCUUCGGCAUGUGGACGUGGUUCAUACACAAUCUGUUCCAAGUGAAGAUCGUCUAUCUGCCAUCGGCGUUCGCGACGAUGCUGGGCGCGGUCCCUUUCUUGGACGCGUAUUUCGCCUGCAUUCCAGCCACUAUCGAGCUUUGGUUCACCCGCGGUUCGAUGACCGCCAUUCCCUUCUUCCUCUUUCACUUUCUCCCGUGUAACAUAGUGGUGACGGAGUUCUACAAGGAGAUUAAAGGCGGUGGACAUCCCUACCUAACUGGACUGUCGAUAGCAGGUGGAAUCUUCUGUUUGGGCGUCGAAGGGGCGAUUUUUGGCCCCCUGCUCCUCUGCUGCAUCAUGGUUGCCAUCAAUCUGAGCCGACGAUACCUGUACUCGCCCGAGGACGACAUUCUGCCGGGGUACUCGGCAGCGCCAUGAUGGUCACGUAACAUCGCGCUCUCGCUAAGGAGAAACACUACUAUUUUUGCUUGACAACGCCGCGACUCGUGGCCCCAAGCUCUUAUCUAAGACUUGAAAGUUCGAUACGUCAAAUGUCUCAUGAAAGUUAACAACGCUGUUACGGCUAGCCGGACUAAACGUAAACAGCGGACACGCGAGCGCGUGAAUAACGCAUUAUAUAUUUUUUAUGUGAUAGAGAAGAGUUUAUGGGAGAAUCUCAGCUUACGCUUAUUAAACUAAGAGAUAUUUAUAUUGUACAUACGCGUUAUGAAAGCGAAAUAUUUUUCUUUCUACGUGUAAACAUAAUUUCGUUUGUUUGAGACUUCUUUUCGAGAUUUAAUAUAUGUAUACAAAUCUGUGACAAUAGCUGCCGUAUUUAAGAGGCUCGUUACAUGUGUCGAUGUUUCCACAUGCUCGAUUUUAGUUUACUGACCUGAUCUGAUACGAUCUGAUAUAUUUCACGCGUAUAUUUCACAUUAAGUGUGUAACCAAAGAUGUAAUACAAUAAGUUCUCUCAGUA